AUGCUACUAAAUAUAGGACGCAGGUUUUUCCGAAGAUCGUCUUUACUUAAUAGGCUUGAAACCUUCAUUAUCCCUCAGCCCGGUGAAGGUAUCGCCGAAGUCGAAAUUCAGCAUUGGCUCAUAAAACCUGGAGAAUCAGUCAAAGAAUUCCAAGUCUUAUGUGAAGCUCGAAGUGACAAAGGCUUUAUAGAGUACAAAAGUCCUUAUGAUGGCACAAUCACAGAACAUUUUUACAAUGCAAACCAAAUGGCUCCUAUAGGUGCUCCUUUAUUUAAAAUCGAAAUUGAUGAUAAAAAAUACCCACCCAAAGGAAAUAUUAAAAAAGAAGAAGACACAGAAACUCCUAAAGAAGAGCAACUAGAAGAAUCUACGUCAAAAACUCACUCAAAAGUCCUCGCUACUCCAGCAGUGCGUUUCCUUGCGAAACAGAAAGGAAUUGACAUAUCAACAAUCCCAUCCACAGGCAAAGAUGGCCGAGUUCUUAAAGAAGAUUUAUUAAGAUAUUUAGAAGGCCCCUCUCAUGUCACACCUCCCGUAAGGCCUGCCACUGUAGCCUCCGUUGAAGCCAAAGACAAAGUAGUUAAGCUUUCUCCUAUCCAGAAAGGCAUGUUCAAAGCUAUGACUGAAGCUUUAGCAAUUCCUCAUCUAACUUACUGUGAAGAUAUCUACAUGGACACCUUAAUAGAGCUUAGAAAAAUGAUAAAAACCUCCUUAACUGACGUAAAACUCACAUUUAUGCCUUUCUUUAUUAAAGCUAUGUCUCUCGCUCUUUAUGAUUUCCCUAUCGCAAACUCUAGCUUUAUCAACAACAAUACAGAAUUUGUAAUGAAAUCAUCCCAUAACGUAAGUUUUGCAAUGGACAGCAGAGCUGGACUUAUAGUCCCUAACAUAAAAAAUUGCCAAAAUUUGUCUAUUUAUGAAAUCGCUGUCGAAAUGGCAAGGCUUCAAGAGCUAGGCUCACAAGGCAAAAUAAACCAAGCAGAUUUAGAAGGAGGGACUAUAUGCUUGUCUAAUAUUGGGACUAUUGGAGGGACCUACACAGCACCUAUUAUAAUGACUCCACAAGUUCUGAUUGGAGGACUCGGAGCAAUUAGGCCACGACUAGAAAGAAAUAAAGGAGAAUUUGUGGAGAGACAAGUGCUAGGGUCAUCAUGGUCAGCUGAUCACAGAUUGCUAGACGGAGCGACUGUAGCAAGAUUUGUGGCAAGAUGGAAAGAACUUUUAGAAAAUCCUUCAUUGAUGCUCUUGCAUCUUAAAUAG